CCGAAAAUGUUCUCUCGUGUUGUUGGAUAUCGAGGGAGCGCAGGACUUUGCGAUGAAAUAAUACAUUUUAAACCGUGAGGAAAACAAAAAGAAACCGCAUGUUUUUACACUGAAGUUCUUCGUGUCCCCAUUGAGUGGUGAAACCGUGCUUUUGGGAGACUCCGAGGGGAAGUUUGUGUGAUCGUUUUUCCCGGAGUGAUGUCGAAUCCUGGGACUCGGAGGAACGGGUCCAGCAUCAAAAUCCGACUGACAGUAUUAUGUGCCAAGAACCUCGCAAAGAAAGACUUCUUUCGCCUACCAGAUCCAUUUGCCAAGGUUGUGGUGGACGGAUCAGGUCAAUGCCACUCGACAGACACAGUCAAGAGCACACUGGACCCCAAAUGGAAUCAGCACUACGACCUUUACAUUGGAAAAACAGACUCCAUCACCAUCAGCAUAUGGAACCACAAGAAGAUCCAUAAACGACAGGGGGCGGGCUUCCUGGGCUGCAUACGACUUCUAUCCAAUGCCAUCAGCAGGCUAAAAGACACAGGAUACCAGCGUCUCGAUCUAUGUAAACUAAACCCUUCAGACAGUGAUGCGGUGCGGGGGCAGAUUGUAGUGAGCUUACAAACACGAGACCGCAUUGGCAGCGGUGGCCCUGUGGUGGACUGUAGAGGACUGUUGGAAAACGAUGGGCCUGUGUUCGAGGGAUGCUUCAGCGAAGAGCCGCUGCCCUACUCGGACCCCACCGGUGCAGCUGGAGGCGGUAACUGUCGACUCGACUCGCCCAGUCAGGAGAGCCGUCUUCAGACUCAGCGAAUCAGAGGGCAGGACUCACGAGGGCACGGACACACCCCCCAGAACAGACCUCAUGGGCACCAACCACCUGACCUGCCGGAGGGAUACGAGCAGAGAACAACAGUGCAGGGCCAGGUCUACUUCCUUCACACGCAGACGGGCGUCAGCACCUGGCACGAUCCUCGGAUACCACGGGAUCUGGCCAGCGUGAGCUGUGAGGAGCUUGGGCCGCUGCCAGUGGGCUGGGAGGUCCGAAGCACCGUGUCUGGCCGGAUCUACUUUGUGGAUCACAACAACCGCACCACACAGUUCACAGACCCACGCCUACAUACCAUCAUCAGCCAACAAUCCCAAGCGAAAGAAUCCUCCCAAGCCCCCCAGAUGGACGUGGGGGGCGAGGAGGUGGGAGGUGGAGGAGUGGGGGGCGGCAUUGGAGGAGGAGGAGGGGGAGGAGAAGGAGAUGUAGCAGCGCGAUAUGAGAGAGACCUGGUUCAUAAGCUGAAGCUGCUCCGACACGAGCUGUCCCUGCAGCAGCCUCAGGCGGGACACUGUCGCAUAGAGGUGUCUCGAGAGGAGAUCUUCGAGGAGUCAUAUCGACAGAUAAUGAAGAUGAGGCCCAAAGACCUGAAGAAGCGUUUGAUGGUGAAGUUCAGAGGAGAGGAGGGUCUGGACUACGGAGGUGUGGCCAGGGAGUGGCUGUACCUGCUGUGUCAUGAAAUGUUGAACCCAUAUUACGGACUGUUCCAGUACUCCACAGACAACAUCUACACACUACAGAUCAACCCCGACUCCUCCAUUAACCCUGACCACCUUUCAUACUUCCACUUUGUGGGUCGAGUGAUGGGCCUGGCCGUUUUUCACGGUCACUACAUCAACGGGAGCUUCACGCUGCCUUUUUACAAACAGCUGCUCGGCAAACCCAUCCAGCUCAACGACCUCGAGACCACCGACCCUGAGCUGCACAAGAGUCUCGUCUGGAUACUAGAGAAUGACAUCACUUCAGUCCUCGACCACACAUUCUGCGUGGAGCACAACGCCUUUGGGAAGUUUUUACAGCACGAACUCAAACCUAAUGGCAGAAAUAUCCCCGUCACAGAAGAGAACAAGAAAGAAUACGUCAGACUUUAUGUAAACUGGAGGUUUAUGCGAGGAAUUGAAGCCCAGUUUUUGGCUCUACAGAAGGGUUUCAGUGAGCUCAUCCCCCAGCAUCUCCUCAAACCUUUCGACCACAAAGAACUCGAGCUCAUCAUCGGGGGUUUGGGGAAGAUCGAUCUGGCGGACUGGAAGACGAACACCCGCCUGAAGCACUGCACGAGUGAGAGCAACGUGGUGCGGUGGUUCUGGCAGGCGGUGGAGGCCUUCAGCGAGGAGAGGAGAGGACGCCUCCUGCAGUUCGUCACAGGCUCCACCAGAGUCCCACUACAGGGGUUCAAAGCGCUGCAGGGCUCUACAGGUUCUGCAGGACCAAGACUCUUCACCAUCCAUCUAAUAGACGCCAACACAGACAACCUGCCCAAGGCUCACACAUGUUUUAACCGGAUAGACAUCCCUCCCUACGAGUCUUACGAGAAACUUUACGAGAAACUGCUGACGGCUGUGGAGGAGACUUGCGGCUUCGCUGUGGAGUGAUGAAUCCAGCAACUGAACCGACAUUCACACUCGCGCUUGCACUUGCACACAACUAUUUGACAUUUUGCAUACACACAAAUACACACAUCAGAACAGAAUAUCAAAUAUACACAGACUAUACGAAGCAGCCAAGCAUCACAAGGACACAAAAAAAAAGCCCCUCGCCACCUCUUCGCCGCCACCGGACUGUUUGGGGGGCUUUAAGGAGGAAGCACAGCAGGAGGGGGAAAAAAACACACAAAAAAAGUAUUUUAAAAUGUUUUCAAAUGUUUUGAAGAAGCAUUUUUAUCCUUCAGUUUUAACAAGCUAUGAUGUCAUUCUUCAGAAUGUCUGCUGUGGACAGAAUCAACCAAUCACACGCAAGCCUGCAAAAACAAAAGAAGGAGACGUGUGAGGAACAAGGCGGAGAGUGGUUGUCUAUCUGUCUGACAAGCUGAUUGAUUGACGAGUAUUCAUGCUUCAUGUUUAACCACUGUCGUGUAUCAGAAUGUGUGCAUGUUCGUUGGGUUUGUGUACGAGAGUGAGACUAAUUGUGUCUGUGUGAGAGCGUCUGUCUGUGUGUGCGUGUGCGCCCUGUUACGCUGUAAAAAUGAUCAAAUGAGCCUGCUCCUGUUUGGUAACUUUUUUUGUCUCUUCCGUUUGUAUCAGCGACCACUCUGAUCCACUCUGAUAUUUUAUUAUUUAUUACUAAGUGAUUACUGACCAAGCUGCUAUAUGCUCCAUGGAGAGCCCACACUAAUCUUUUCAUUGCCCUCCCUUGCAGAAAUUUAAGGGGUCAAAUUCACUCAAAAUUCAAGUAAUCCAAAUGAGCAUUAAUGCAUCCUUUAAGCAUUUUUAACGUUCAUAUUUUUUGCAGAGAAAUACUCUUGUCAGUGUAUGGAAACUCUUAAGUGUUUUGACGUUUAAAUGCAUUUUUUUGCAUUUAUUUCAUGUGAAAGGGAUGAUCUUCGCAGCCCUAAUCUUAAAAAUCUAACUCUGUUAUGGAGGUGGAGAGGUCAAAAGGUAUGACUUGAUUUUAAACAAAAUGAGCCAUGAAGUGAAGUAGAAGCCAGCUUCUGGAUUUUUUUUUUUUGGGUUGUAUGUGACAUGUAUAAUAAAAUCUCACAAGCCUUUCAUACAUGUUUCAUCAUCCAUUUCAGCAUCUUUUUUUUUUUUUUUUUUUUUUUACUGUAUGGCUCUGAUUUUUCUCUGCCUCCGUCUCUUAUUCUCCAUAGCCUGAUUGUUAGAGGAAGUAGUCUUUGUUUGAGACCACCAUGAAUGAACAAAAUUCUCUUUUGCAGUCAUUAAUUCCUCCAUGGAAGUGAAUGAAAUCAAAAAAUACCUAAAUGUUGAGCGAUUAAUGUGGAAAAAGUUGGGAUCUGUUUUAGAUUGAGUAUCGAAGACUGUUACGCAGUAUCAUUUCAAUCUGCAUUUUAUAGGUUCUGAGUUCACUGUGUAAUGGAUGCAAGAGUAUUGUAACUUACUAUGUACUAAACAUUUAUGAAAAAAUACAAUGUAAAUAAGAUUAUAUUAAA